GAAGAAGGCACUGUCGUUGAUAUCAAGCUCAAUGAUAAACAUUAGCCAGCUUGCUAGCUAAGUUCGUUACACAGCUAGCCACCCCAGUCAGCUCUUAUGUGCGGUCAAAGUUACAACUCGACAUUAGCUUACUAGCUAACUGGAAAGUAAUUCGGAAGAGAAAACAGAAAGAAAUUGUAUUUUUAUUAGUUAGAUAUUCAGUUAGUUUUUACGAAUAUGUCUGGAAACUAUACAUCUGUUGGCCGCUUCCACAGACCUCAGUGUUUGGCAGCUGCUGCUCCAGCCGGGAAAGCUAAAUUGACUCAUCCUGGCAAGGCGAUUUUAGCAGGUGGGAUCGCCGGGGGCAUUGAGAUCUGCAUCACCUUCCCCACAGAGUACGUGAAGACCCAGCUGCAGCUGGACGAGAAGGCCAACCCGCCCCGCUACAAGGGCAUCGCGGACUGUGUGAAGCAGACAGUACGGGGCCAUGGGGUGAUAGGACUGUACCGGGGCCUUAGCUCGCUGCUCUACGGCUCCAUCCCAAAAGCCGCCGUCAGGUUUGGCAUGUUCGAGUUCCUCAGUAACAAGAUGCGGGAUGAGGCGGGGAAGCUGGACAGCACUCGGGGGCUGAUCUGCGGGCUGGGCGCCGGUGUCGCUGAGGCUGUGGUGGUGGUCUGCCCCAUGGAGACCAUCAAGGUUAAGUUCAUCCAUGACCAGACUUCAGCAAAUCCAAAGUACAGAGGAUUCUUCCAUGGAGUCAGGGAAAUUGUUAGAACUCAAGGGCUCCGAGGAACAUAUCAGGGACUGACAGCAACAGUAUUGAAACAGGGCUCCAACCAGGCCAUACGCUUCUUUGUCAUGACCUCUCUUAGGAACUGGUACAAAGGUGACAACCCCAACAAGGCCAUCAACCCUUUGGUCACGGGAGUGUUUGGUGCCAUCGCUGGGGCAGCCAGUGUGUUUGGGAACACCCCACUAGAUGUGAUAAAAACUAGAAUGCAGGGUCUGGAAGCUCACAAAUACAAGAACACUAUGGACUGUGCUGUACAGAUCAUGAGAAACGAGGGACCUGCAGCAUUCUACAAGGGGACCAUUCCACGUUUAGGUCGUGUGUGCUUGGACGUCGCCAUAGUGUUUAUAAUCUACGAUGAGGUGGUAAAAUUGCUGAACAAGGCUUGGAAGACAGACUGAGAAGGACAGUAACAUGAUUGGCUGAGCCCGUAAAGCCUGACUCCCUGACAUCACUGUGGGAACACUCUGUUAAUGGGAAAAAAUGUUUGCCAUAGGCAGUUCUUUUAAAGCUAGUAACACUUUAACUAAUGUGUUAGUAUACCUAAUUUUUUUGAUAUUUCAUACUUUUCUAUUCUUGUGACAUGAAUUCUUUUACCUGAAGGUGCUCUGUUCUUCUGUUGUGCUUUGUUUUCUUAUGAUGGCCAGCUGAGCUAAAAGGGUUUGGAUAGCUAGUGCCCAAUUGGGUGUCUCUUAUUCCAAGUAAGAUCAUAUCUCAUCGAAAGGUAUUUCGAUGUGACAUUUUCCCUGACAAACAUGCCAAAAUGUCACUGGACUUUGCUUUUAAUUGUGCAGACGACCUUAAAUCUGUUUUUCUGAAAACCUGGCAUUUUCAUUAUAAGCUUAAAACAAAUGCCUUGUGAUGAGAGCACAGACCUAAUCUUGAAAUUUUUUUUUGCUCUGGCAUUGUAGACCGGAAUUGGCUGCGUGACACCCUGAUACAGUUACUUCAUGAAGCAAAUCUUAUAGUUGCAUAUGCAUUUUUGGUCUUUUCCAAAAAUUCUAUUUUGAUGAAUUUACACAGAUACCAAAAACAUUUUCAUCUCAAAGUUUACACUUGAAUUUUUCAUUUAUAUUUUGCUUUGCACACCGAAGUGUCUCCUUUGAGUUAUCACCCUUCUACCUCAGAGUUCUUCAAAAUGAUCACCUACUUACAGUGAAAAUUUCAGAGCCCCAAUACACUGAUUUAAACAUCUUGAUUUUAAUCUGAUAAAUGGUGCCAAUUUUUAAUAUUUUGUCAACAGAUUAUGAAUUUUUUAAAUUUAAAUUUAAGAGCAGGGGUCAUGCCCUGAUAUAUAUAUAUAUAUAUUAUAUCAAAUUCUGGCCAUUGGGAAGGGCAAACAUGUAACUCCAGGUCACAAAACAUUUUAGAAAAUUCCUUUGGUUUUAAUCUGCUUUUUGUGAUGAAUGUUUUAAUGUAUGCAUGGAAGAAAAAAUUCCAUCGCUUUGGCGUAGUAUUUUAGGAUGCUGUAGACCACUGCACAAUGCAUACAGUACCAGCAGAAAGGUAAAUCCACAUUUCUGACACAUUUGACAUUGCACGAUUAAUUUCAGCACAACACUCUGCAUCAGAUUCCGGUCUGUGUUUUCCCUUUCCCAUAUACAGCAGUGCUUUGCAGUAAUUUUAUUUGUCAUCUGCUGCCAACAGUGCCUUCAGGUUAAAUUCAUCAUAUUGAUUUUUUUUUUUUUUUUAACUUAUUUUAACUU